GUCUAACUCAUACAUAUAAACAUUGUAAUAGUAAUUAUAAUUACAUUUAAUAAAUUUUAAUAUUAACCUUUUCAGAUAUGAAAGUAAUACUAGUGCUACUCAUAAUAGCCAUCAAUACUACACCUAAUUUGUGUCAAGUGGUGGUCACUACACCCGCAAUAGUUACCGCUACCAAUGUGGCGCUCGCCUGUCAGAAGGAGAUCCUUAAAUGCCUUAAACGCAAUAAGAUAGGCACCUGUAUGGCAGCCGUCACCUGUAAGGGCUUGAAUACCAAUGUUUGCCUACAUAUGCUAAUGGGGUUAACCUAUGGCAUACCCGGUGCUCUCAGGACCCCUUAA